AUGAUUUCCCUUUUUUCUUCAUUCUGUUUUGGAAUUCAAGUUGAUGGGAUAUUUAAAAAGGUAUAUUACGAUAAAAUUAUUGCAGUUGAUGCUAGCGGAUCAUCAAAACAGUACAUAAACGGAAGUCAUCAACUUACUCAACCAGAAUAUGCCAUUUAUCCAUGGGAUAAAAGGUAUGAUUGGUGUUCGAAUUGCGGAAAAAGCUAUGAUGAACAUCCAUGGAUAACUUUUUCCUUAAAUUCAAAGAAAAUUAAAAUUCGUGGCUACUUUGUCAGAUCAGGAUGCUGCUAUGCGAAUAGUUGUUGCUGCGAAGAAUACGGAUAUUGUGCUAAAUGCUGCAUGUAUUCAUGGUCACUUCAGAUCUCAGACGACAACAAAACAUGGAAAGAAGUUCAUCGUGUUGAAAAAGAUUACGAGAUGCGUCGAUGCCGUGAGAAAACAUACAACUUUGAUCAGGAAUACGAAUGCAAAUACGUUCGUCUCAUCCAGAACGAAGCAUGUCCAGGUGAUCCUCCAUGUCUUGCAAUCAACAAACUUGAUCUUCUUGGUGAUGUCAUUGCAGAAGGUGUUUCAGACAAAGAAGAAUUUGUUUCAUUCCAUGACGACGAUGAUGAUGUCAGCAUCAUUGGACACAUCUCUAAAAAUGGCAACAUUAAAAUUGUUUAA